GUUCAGAUAAAUAGAAAAUUUAUAUUGUUCUAUCAAAGUGUUAACUAGUUAUAAAGAGUAAUGUGCUACAAGAGGUGAAAUUUUAAGUAAUGUGUAUACUUUUUAUAAAAUCCAACCCGUCUCCACCAAAAGGGGGAUAUAGAUUAAUUCUGGCUACAAACAGAGAUGAGAAUUACCAGCGACCUGCAAAACCAGCAUACCGCGACGAGUAUGGUAUCAUUGGAGGUAAAGAUAUGGGAUCUGGCAGAGAAGGUGGCACAUGGUUAGCUUGCGGACCAAAACUGCAGGAAAAUGGACGAAACAAAAUGUAUUGUAUUGGUCAUAUUCUUAAUAUGGCUGGUGUCAGAUUAGAGAACCCCACAGGAAGAGGUUUUAUUAUUCAAAACUAUUUGCUGUCCAUUAACAGUUUCCAGGACUAUGUUAGUGAGCUUGAUCAAACCACUUACAAUGGAUACAAUUUUGUGACAGUUGAGAUAGGCGAAAGUGGAAUUACCAUUUGUCAUCACAGUAAUUUUCCUAACAUCACGUCUAAAUAUGAUGGUGAACACUUGUUGGUUUUUGGAAACUCUCCAAUAUACAGUCCUUCCGCUCGGGUAGUCAAUGGAAAGCAAAAAUUUGAGGACUUGGUAAAAAAAGGCAUAGAUACAAAAGAAAAUCUUAUAGGUGAACUACUAAAACUACUUAAGGAUGAAACAACAUAUCCAAAUGAAAACAACUCGGUAAACCAAAAAGCAUCACCAUAUGUGAAUUUAUCUUCAGUUUUUAUUAAAAAUGAAAAUCUAUCUUUCGGCACAAGAACACAUACUAUUAUACUUGUAGACGAAGAGUGGAAUCUAACGUUUGUCGAGCAUACAAUGAAGGAACCAAUCGAUAUCAAUAAUCCACAGUGGGUAGAAACAACAAUGCAAAUAAAACUGAUGUGAAAAAUUUGUGAGUUUUCAUUUUUAAAACACUUGUAUGAAAAGUCAUAAAACCUAAACUGUUACUUUAUUAUUUAGUUUUAAGAAAUUGAUUGAUUGAGUUUGAAGUUUGUGAGAGAUUUUAAGGGUUUCAGCAUUAAAAAAAAAUGUACUUUAGACGACAUUUUGUUGCUUUACUUUACUAUUCUAGUUGUUUUACAAUCUGUUUUAUUAUUGUCAAAAAAAUAUGAAAACAGUGAUAUUUUUGAAUAUUAAGGGUAGUGUAAGUAAAAUAUAGCAAAACAUAAAUUUAU